CUUUGUGUACCCGUUGUUCAAGAAGAGCACGAAGAAAACCUUGGAAGAAGAUGACGUUUACGAAGUUGUGAAUAGCCUGAGUUCUGAAAACCUAGGAACCAAAUUAGAACGUCGAUGGAAGCAGCAAUCGAAGAAAAAGGGCCGUUCCCUAGCUCUGGCAAUAUUAUCUUCCUUUGGGCUGAGUUAUAUCAUAUUGGGGAUCAUUCAGUUUGUGGUGAGAACUUCACUGAUAUUUAUCCAACCCACAGCAAUAAGUAUGCUGGUAGCAUAUUUUCAACCCAAUCAACAAACGAUUUCCAAAAGCGACCUUUAUCAAAAUACUGCCUUAGUAAUUGGUCUGAAUUUUCUUACCACUAUUUACAAUCACAACUAUGAGCAAUUCAUCAACGAAAUUGGGAUUAAAGUGAGAACAGCAGUUGCAGCCCUAAUUUAUAGAAAGGCACUGAGGUUGAAACCAGAAUCGUUUUCUGAUAUGACUACUGGUAAAAUAG